UGCCUGCCUGCAUGCUGACCGUGCUGCGAUCUCAUGUGUCGAGCGCACAGAAGAGUCACAAGUCUCACCUUCACGAGUCGUCGAGUCUUCGAAGCGGCGGAUCCUAGUUUCCCGCUUGAAUGGCGCAAAGAGGAACGACCCGAAGCGCCUCAACCGAGCGGGCACCGCAAAUGAACCGCUCCCAGCCUCCCGCUUUCACUUUGCACGCCUGCGCAGACAAGAGCAGAGACUCAUCGAAUCUCAACUCAUCAUACGGGCUAUUUCCGCCAGCGCAACUCAACAGACCGUUCCUCCAAAAGCAACGGCGACUCGAUCGCGAAUUAGAAACUGAAUCACACUUGAUCAUCCAAGGCGGGGCUGAAACACGACGACCGCCUUGGUCGCUUUAUAUCAAUACACAUUCAUACGCGCGUGCGAUCACGCGCCUUCGGAGCGGCGAACAGACUUCAAAAGGCUCAUCAAUCGUUGGGACCUGUACCGAAAUUGUCCAGAAGGCAGCAGACGAGUGCGCCGACCGCUCGCAACAGUCAAGCUACCGCCGCGAGAGCGCGACUGCUGGCCGCCCCAUCCCCAUCAUCGCUGCGCUGAUUGGAUUUUGGCGGAGGCGUAAGCGAACGCCAACAGCAAGGUACCGCGACGGCCGGGCACUGCGCACUCACGACUGCACCGCAGCGCAUAGGGACAGCGUCACCUAUAGCACCGCCAGCAGAGAAUCGGAAGCGUGCGGCUAUAGCGGUUGCAACUGCUGGGAGGGCAUAGUAGGACGAAGUGCGCCCAUGCCCCAGCUCUACGGCAGUCCUUCCAACAUUCUAGACAGCUGUAUAAAUACCUUGCAUCGCUGUCAGCAAAGCAAAGACAUUGCUUCUUCGCCUUGCUUUAGCACGUGUCUGGCACCAGUCUAGAGUCAGGACCCCUGUAUAUCCUAUCUUAGUCACGGGCGCUGUGCGCUUUUAAUGCACCUACCAUCAAGAGGCCCUCUCCAGCAUCAAGCUUGA